CUCUCCAAUUUCCACUCCCCCCUGCCCACUUCGCCUGCCGCGAUCCGGUCCGCGGCCUGCGCUGUAGCGGUCGUCGCCGUUCCUUGGAAGUAGCAACUCCCCUCCCCCACCCCGGUCCUGGCCCCCGUCCAGCCGGCCAUGAGGAAAAGAGGGGCCCAUCUCUUGCUUGGAAGGAAUAAACUUCGGCACGCUUGGGAAAUGCCCCGGAACAUGUAGAGACCUGAGGGAGCACGGCCAGAGUUGACGUGAAGGAGAGAGGGGACUGGCCUUUGGGAGCGUCAGGGACGUGGCUGACGUGAAGAUGAGCAGCUCAGAGGAGGUGUCCUGGAUUUCCUGGUUCUGUGGGCUCCGUGGCAAUGAAUUCUUCUGUGAAGUGGAUGAAGACUACAUCCAGGACAAGUUCAAUCUCACUGGGCUCAAUGAGCAGGUGCCUCACUAUCGACAAGCUCUAGAUAUGAUCUUGGACCUGGAGCCUGAUGAAGAGCUGGAAGACAACCCCAACCAGAGUGACCUGAUUGAACAGGCAGCCGAGAUGCUUUAUGGAUUGAUCCACGCCCGCUAUAUCCUUACCAACCGUGGCAUCGCCCAGAUGUUGGAAAAAUACCAGCAGGGAGACUUUGGCUACUGUCCCCGUGUGUACUGUGAGAACCAGCCAAUGCUCCCCAUCGGCCUGUCAGACAUCCCAGGUGAGGCCAUGGUGAAGCUCUACUGCCCCAAGUGCAUGGACGUGUACACACCCAAGUCAUCGAGGCACCACCACACGGACGGCGCCUACUUUGGCACUGGUUUCCCUCACAUGCUCUUCAUGGUACACCCGGAAUACCGGCCCAAGCGGCCCGCCAACCAGUUUGUGCCCAGGCUCUACGGUUUCAAGAUCCAUCCGAUGGCCUACCAGCUGCAGCUCCAAGCCGCCAGCAACUUCAAGAGCCCAGUCAAGACGAUUCGCUGAUCCCCUUCCCACCUGUCCCUGAGUGUCCUCAGUCUUUGACACCUCCAUUCCUUUGCUGCCACCCUUUCAGGAACCCUCCAUGGUUUUUAGUUUAAAUUAAAGGAGCCAUUAUUGUGGUGGGAAUAUGAAAUAAAGUGGAAGAAAAGGC